UUAUUCCUAAUAAUCUUAUCUUUCUCGAAUAACAAGUCUUAUCAGACUAGAACAAAAUAGUAUCCAGUGUACAGAAAGAGCACAAUCUUCUCCCAAAAUCCCGCUCUUUUGGUCCAAAAACAAAUCAUCACUGCCCAGAUCUCGUUCUGCCACUGAUUUCACUGUCCUCAAGUGGGAAGAGUCCACUCUCCAACAAUGAAUGUUUGAAAUGGAAAUUUCCAUGACCAAAGUAUUCUUUACCUUGUAAUUUGGUUUGGAAUUUUCCAGGCCAUGAAAACAGGACCUUUCAAUUCCCAAGGUUGAUUUGGAUUGGAUGGGAACAAGGAGACUCUUUAUGGCUAAGACCCACAUUGAUUCCAUCAACCUACGAGUUGUGAAUGAUUUUGUUUGUGUGAACAUGUCGUGGGCCUUUGGUUCUCUGCGGAUGUUCCUUUGUAAAUAUGUGCUCUAUGCUUUGGGAUUGGUGCUCAGAUACAUCUUCAGGUUUCUUCAUGUGGGAGAUGCAAAAGAUGAGACUAUUGAUCAGAAAGUACCACAUGUUGAGAGGAACCAGCUUUCUGAUUCCGAGAUUGAUGGGUUCCGAGAGGAGCUGGCAAGUUUUCUGUUUUGGAGUGAUGAUUUUGAGGAAACAGAGUGUUCUACCUUUUCCAUGGAGGUUGCUCCUGAAAGUGGGAGAAGAGGUGGAAAAACGGAGAAAUCUGUUUUUUCCAUGGAGAUUGCUCGUGAAAGUGAGAAAAGAGAUGGAGAAAAUAAGUGCUCGGUUCUGAUGGACACCCACUGUGAUGUUCAUGAAGAUGGGGUGAAAACAGAGGUGCCCGAGGAGAGCUUUGUUUCAAAAGAAAUUGAGUUUGACAUUGGUGAAGCUGGUAUGAGUAAGGGAAUAGUAGAAGAGGGUUAUAUUUUUAUGAAAAAUAGCUCCAUCAACUCUGUUACUCAUGAAGAUGGCACGGAAACAGAAAAAGAAACAGAGGAGUUUGUUUCCAUGGAAACUAACUCAGAUGUUCAUCAACAUGUUCAAAAGCUUGGUGAUGAUGAUGAAUCCGAGAUCUCUGUUUCAACAGAGUAUAACUCUGAUCUCGAUCAAGGGAGUGUAGAGAGAGAAGUGGAGAGAGAAGAAGAAAUAGAAGAACCUGUGUCAGGGGAGAUUGACCCUGUUGUUCAUAAAGAAGUGAUGAAAAACGAUGGAAAUGAAACGAGCAGUGAUGUUUUAAUGGAGAAUGUCUCUGAAGAAACUGUAAAUGGCGAUGGGGAGAAAACAAAAGAAAAUGAGGGCUCUGUUUUCGAGGAACAAGAGUCCAUUGCUCAUGGUGAUGAUACAGUGAAAGAAGAAAAAGAAGAAGAAACGUAUGGGUGUGUAUCUUUGAACACGAACUCUGUAACAACCACAAGUAAGUGCGAGUACUUAUCAGGAAAAGAUAUAAGUGGGUUCAUGGAGGAACCAACAAUGUUGAGGUUCAGUUUUCGAGAAUUUUACAUGGGUCCAGAUGUUUUAGCCGUUUCUGAUAAUGCACAUGCCAGCACCGAAAUUAUUGCCGACAAGGAAUUUUCAGAGUUUGGUUCAGAGAAAGGCCCUGUGUCUCAAGCACAGACAGAGAACUCUGUUCAAGAUCAGGUUUCAGCUUCUUCCACCCAUAUUCCACUUCACUUUGAGAGUGAAAUGUUUGGUGGAUCCGAUUCAUCCGAUGAAGAUUAUUUUCUUUACAACGAAAACUCGGUCACUUCUGAUUCAGAGUCAGAGUCAUCAAGCUCAAGCGGUGUAAUCUGGGGCAACAGCAACAAAAUUGAUGAUUCAAUUGUGUACCAGUUUCUGGGUGGUAAAAAUGGGGGUGAAGGGUUUGAACCUGAGAUUCUGAAGCUGAUAAUGAGAGAGGAAAGGGAAGGAGAUGCAGAGGCAAAACAAUCUUCAUGUGAUGGAAAGAUUUCAGAAUUGAGUGCUCAUGGCAUUUAUUCUGAAGAUAGGUAUGUGGAAAUGGAACCCUGCAUGAAGGGUUUGAAGCCCUUCAAUGCACAUGGCAAAGUAGUGGUCAGAGACAAAAAAGAAGAGGAAUUCAGGAAUGAAUUGGAGAAAAGAGAAGAAACUAGGUGGGAGGAUGAAUUGAGUUAUUCAGAAUCUGAUGAGGGUGACUUUGAAUGGGAGCAUGAUGAUCUGGUGGAACAACUGAGAUUGGAAUUGAAAAAUUCAAGGCAAGGAGGGCUUGCCACAAUUUUAGAAGAAGAGGAGGUAGAUGAAGAGGAAAAAGAAGAGGAAGAGGUGGUGGUGGUGGAGGAGGAGGAGGAAAGAGUAUCCUCAAGAGUGGUUGAAGAUCCAAACCCAGUGGAAAUUGAAGAGAAGAUUGAAUACAAGGAUCAAAUUGAUGAAAUUCUAAAGGUUUACAAGAGCUAUGAAGAGAAGAUGAAGAAACUUGAUAUCUUGAAUUACCAGACCAUGCAUGGAUUAGGUCUGCUCCAACUAAAAGACCCUCUCAAAUUAAUUUCAACACCAAAAUCCUCCAUCCAAGGUGCAAAACCUGUAAUAUCUCAGAACUUGUGGCCACGCAAAGCAUCAAAGAACUCAUCUGACCCAUUGAUAAAGUUGGCGCAUGAACUGCAUAGAGAUUUGGAGUUGGUAUAUGUUGGCCAGGUUUGCCUCUCUUGGGAAAUCCUGUGUUGGCAACACAAGAAAGCCCUUGAGUUACAGCAAUAUGAUUCAGAAGGGUCUCAUAGCCAUAGGUAUAAUCACGUAGCUGGUGAGUUUCAACUUUUUCAAGUCCUAGUUCAGAGAUUCAUAGAGAAUGAACCAUUUCAAGGCCCUAGGCUACAGAACUAUGUCAAGAACAGAUGCGUGAUUCGCAACUUGCUCCAUGUUCCAGGCAUUAAAGAAGAUGAUAAAGGGUAUGAGGAAGAGGAUGCUGCUAUUGCAAGUGGAAGGUUGGCAGAGAUCAUCAAGGAAUCAAUGCGGGUGUUCUGGGAAUUUGUUCGAGCAGAUAAAGAUUAUGGGAAUGUUAUCUUUAAAGCUUCUCAGCACCACAGAAUUGAUCUUAACGACCCUAUGAUUCCUGGUCUUAUGGUGGAGAUUAAAGCACAACUACAGAAAAAGGAGAGAAGGUUGAAGGACAUAGUGAGAACCGGGAAUUGCAUAGUGAAGAAGUUCCAAAAGCACCAUGAAGAUGAACUUGAUCAUGAGCAAUUGGUUGCUCAAGUGGGGUUGAGAUUGAUUUCAAGGGUGUUAAACAUGUCCAAAUUGAAAAAAGAACAGGUAAUAUGGUGUAAUGAAAAGUUACACAGAAUCAAGUUUUUGAGCAGGAAGAUUGUGCAGGUGGAACCUUCCUUCUUGCUUUUUCCAUGUUGAUUCAAAUCAAUUUGUUCUGAAUUGUAGAGGAAGAAAAAAAAAUGGUAGAG